AUGUCUGAAAUGUUCAAGGGCAAUAACUUUGGAGGUUAUGUGGUUUUACAUGAAACAAUUAGGGAACUGUUAUGCAUUUUUACUGCACUGGACUAUGGAAAUAAUGUCAUUGUGAUUAUUCUCUUGGGACUAUGUCAAAACAAGAAUAUUGAAAUCCUCUGCUUUGUCUUAUUUUUAUUUUGCUACAUUGCUAUUUGGAUGGGAAAUUUGCUCAUAAUGAUUUCUAUCACGUGCAGUCUGCUCAUUGACCAACCCAUAUAUUUCUUCCUUAAUUACCUCUCCAAGCUUUGCUAUGCAUUGACAGUGAUGCCCAAACUAGUGACUGAUUUAGUAGCAGAAGGGAAGACCAUUUUCCAUAAUAACUGCAUGACACAGCUUUUUAUCUGUCACUUCCUCAGAGGCAUCGAGAUCUUUAUCCUCACAGGAAUGGCCUAUGACCACUACGUAGCCAUCUGCAAGGGCUUGCAUAACACCAUCAUCACGAGCAGACAAAAGUGCAAUGCAAUCAUCAUAGCUUACUGUACUGGGGGACUUAUACACUCUGCCAGUCAAUUUCUUCUCACCAUCUUUUUACCAUUAUGUGGCCCCAAUGAGAUUGAUCACUACUUCUAUGAUGUGUAUGCUUUGACUUGCACCGAUACAUAUGGAAUUGGUCUCCUGGUAGUUGUUAAUUCAGGUUUGAUUGCUUUGGUGACUUCUGUGAUACUAAUGGCAUGUUAUUUUCUGAUAUUACACACCAUCAGGGAUUACCCUGCAGAGAGCUGCACCAAAGCUCUUUCCAUUUGCAGUUCUCACAUAACAGUUGUGGACUUGUUCUUUGUGACUGUCCUCUUCAUCUACAUUAGACCAGCUGAAACUUUUCCAGAAGACAAAUCGGUUGCUCUUUUCUACACCAUCAUUGCUCCCAUGUUCAACUCUAUGAUCUUUACACUGAGAAACUUGGAGAUGAAGAAUGCUAUGAGGAAAGAGUGA